GCAGAGACUGCGCAUGCGGAGAAGGCCGCCCGCCUCCGCGAGCCCGCGCAGUCUCAGACCCCGAGCCGAGGAGCGGGGCAGGGCAGCCAGGAGGGAGUAGGAGAGCCUGGAUGGAGGCCGGGUCGAAGGUCAGGGCCUUUUCGUGGCCGCCGUGGGAUCCCUACCUGAACACUGCAAGUGACUUUUACCCUGGGAUUCAGAAAUGUCUACAGGACUGAGACCGGACCCGCUAAAGGUCAUAGCUAUCUGCUGAAGAAUAGCAGUCAGCCAGCCUGGAAACAUUCUUCCAAUAGUAGAAAUGGAAUAUAAAGAUUCGGGUGCUGUGUUUACGUUUGGGAAAACUAAAUUUGCUGAAAAUAAUCCCAGCAAAUUCUGGUUUAAAAAUGAUAUACCUAUAUAUCUUUCAUGUGGAGAUGAACAUACUGCUAUUAUUACAGGAAAUAAUAAGCUUUUCAUGUUUGGCAGUAACAACUGGGGUCAGUUAGGAUUAGGAUCAAAAUCGACUGUUAACAAGCCAACGUGUGUCAAAGCUUUAAAACUGGAAAAAAUGAAAUUUGCUGCCUGUGGAAGGAACCACACCCUAGUUUCAACAGAAGGAGGCAAAGUAUACGCCGCUGGAGGAAAUACUGAAGGACAGCUGGGACUUGGUGAUACUGAAGAGAGAAACACUUUUCAUCUAAUUAGUUUUUUUACAUCCCAGCAUAAGAUUAAACAACUCUCUGCUGGGUCUAACACUUCAGCUGCGCUGACUGAGGAUGGAGAGCUUUUCAUGUGGGGUGACAAUUCUGAGGGGCAAAUUGGUUUACAAAAUAUAACUAGUAUAUGUGUCCCUCAUCAAGUGACCAUUGGAAAACCUAUCUCCUGGAUCUCUUGUGGAUAUUACCAUUCAGCUUUUGUAACAACGGAGGGAGAACUGUACACCUUUGGAGAACCUGAGUAUGGGAAGUUAGGUCUUCCCGAAAAGCUGCUGAUCAAUCACAAAGUGCCCCAGCUGGUGCCUGGAAUUCCUCAGAAGGUGAUCCAAGUAGCUUGUGGUGGAGGGCACACAGUUGCGCUCACAGAGAAGGCCGUGUACACCUUUGGGCUGGGACAGUUUGGUCAACUGGGUCUUGGCACUUUUAUUUUUGAAACUUCAGAACCUAAAGCCGUUGAGAAUAUUAAGGAUCAGAAAAUAAGUUAUGUUUGCUGUGGAGAAAACCACACAGCUUUGAUAACAGAUUUAGGCCUUAUGUAUACUUUUGGAGACAGUCGACAUGGAAAAUUAGGACUUGGACUGGAGAGUUUUGCCAAUCAGUUCGUUCCUACUUUGUGUUCUAAUUUUUUGAAGUUUAUAGUACAGUUGGUUGCUUGCGGUGGAUGUCACAUGCUAGUUUUUGCCACUCCACGACUUGAUGGGGCAGAAGACGUUGAGUUAGAUGAAAUAAAUGAUUGUUGCUUACCUUCAGCUACAUCUCUGCCCAUCAGUGAUCUGACUUCAGGAAACGUACUGCAGAGAUCUUUAUCAGCACGUGUGCGGCGAAGAGAGAGGGAGAAAUCCCCAGACUGUAUUCAAACGACAGGAACACUACCUCCAAUUGCAGGGACUCUCAUACCACCUGUUUGUUUUCCACCUCGUUCAGUUCCUUUCUGUAUGUCUACAACUAAUCUGCUAGAGAAGAGGAUGCCUGAUAAAGAGGGCCCUAUGCUGCCAAUGGAACCAGAUUAUUUUCAACGUAAAAUAACCAAAGGGAAAGAGACAGACAAUUUUUCAGCAGAGGAUUCAGAAAGCCUUGGAGAAACUACUGAUGUCUUAAAUAUGACACAUAUGAUGAGCCUGAAUUCCAAUGAAAAAUCAUUAAAAUUAUCACCAGUUCAAAAACAAAAGAAACAAGAAACAAUUGAGAAACUGAAGCAGCAUACAGCUCAUGCUGAAAAUGGCGGUAGUAAUGAAUAUGAAAGUGAAGAGAUGUCCAAAAAGAUGAAAGAAGGGAAAGCAUAUAAACAACUUUUGGCAAAAGGAAUGUACAUGAUGCAAGCAGCUGUGACUAUGGAAGCAUUUUCAGAUGAGGACGUAGGUAACAACUCAGGCCAGCAAAGGCCUCAGGCCAACACCAGUGCAGAGAGUUUGCAAAAAGGGAUAUUUAGACAUGAAAAUAAGCAUGGUGUCUAUCCACUUAAGAGUAAGGAAAUAGAAAAGGAAAGUGAUGAAGGACAAAGUCAGAAGGAUUCAGAAGUGGAAAAAAUAGUCUCUGAGAAGGAAACUGGUGUGGUGAAAAUGACAGGUCUGAAUGAUAUAAGAAAAAGUGAAGAGAAUAGAAAAAAUAUUGAUACAUUCCUUGACGACUUACCAAAUAGAGACAUGAAUAUUGAGGAUGAAGAAAAUAAAAACUUUGUUAAGGAAAGUAAAAGUAACAAACGAGAUAUGAUCUUUGACAGUGAAAGAGAAUCUAUGGAGGAGCCAGACAGUAACUUGGAAGGUGAUAGUGAAAGUCAGCAGGGUACAGCUGAUGGAUUCAAGCAGCCUGAGUCAAUAGAAUUUAGCAGUGGAGAGAAAAAGGAUGAAGCGGAAACUGACCAAAACUUGCGGUAUAGCAGAAAAUUUAUUGAACAAGGACAUGAGGAAGAGAUCGAACACAGAAUGUCCAAAUACAUGGGAAAAUAUGGUUUUAAGGGUGACCACGUAUCAGACACCCCAGAGGAGCAGGAAGGAGAAGAUGAUUCAGAAGGAAGUGGAAUAGAGGAGCAAGAGAUAGAGAUAAAUGAGGAGGUGCCUGGAGAAAAAGAGGAAGAGGAAGCAAAGUUCCUGUCAGAUGACCUUACAGACAGAGCAGAGGUGAGUGAAGGCGAGGGAAAGCCAGGGGGAGAGGCAGAGCACGUGCCUGAAGGUGGAGGUGAGGGAAUCGGGAAGGAGGGUAAUUCAGGAGUGGAACAGAGGAGUGGAACAGGAAGUGAGGAGGGGGAGGAGGAGAAAGACAAGGGAGGAGGAGAAAUGGAGAGCCUGGGUAAGGGAGAGGAAGACCUGAAAGAGGAGGAGGAACGGGAGCAAAAGGAGAGGGAGCAGGGCCAUCAGGAGGAAAGAAACAAAGGGCUGGAGGAAGGGGAAGGGAGCGAGCAAGCAGGGGGGGAAGGAGAGGAGGAGGAAGGCAAGGAGGAAGAGGGGGGAGAAGACAGAGAAGGAGAGGAGAAGAGAGAAGGGAAAGAGGAAGAAGAGAAAGGAGAGGGGGAGGAAGUAGAAGAAGGGGAGGGGCAGGAAGGAGAAGAGGAAGGGCAGGAAGAAGAGGGGGGAGAGGAGGAGGGAGAUGAGCAGGAGGGAGAAGGGGGAGCAGAGGAGGGAGGAGAAGAAGGAGAGGAGGAGGAAGGAGAUGGGGACGGAGAGGGGGAAAGAGAGGGGGAGGAGGAAGGAGGAGAGGGAGAAGGAGAGGAGGAGGAGGGAGAGGGAGAAAGAGAAGAAGGGGAGGAGGAGGAAGGGGAGGGGGAGGGGCAGGAAGCAGACAGGGAGGGAGAAGAGGAGGGGGAAGAAGGAGGAGAAGAGGAAGAAGGAGAGGGGGAGGAGGAAGGAGGAGAGGAGGAGGGAGAGGGGCAAGGAGAAGGAGAGGAGGAGGAAGGAGAGGAGGAGGGGCAGGAAGCAGAGAGGGAGGGAGAAGAGGAAGGGGAAGAAGGAGGAGAAGAGGAAGAAGGAGAGGGGGAGGAGGAAGGAGGAGAGGGGGAGGAGGAGGAAGGAGAGGAGGAGGGGGAGGGGCAGGAAGCAGAGGGGGAGGGAGAAAAGGAGGGGGAAGAAGGAGGAGAAGAGGAAGAAGGAGAGGGGGAGGAGGGGGAAGGAGAGGAAGAGGGAGAGGGGGAAGGCAAGGAAAGGGAAAAGAAGGAGGGGGCAGCGAGGGAGAGGAAAGAGGAAGAAAACAGCAGGAAAGAAGGGGAGAAGGAAGAAGAGGAGGAUGAUGAGGAAGAGGAGGGAAAGUACCAGGAGAGAGGCAAUGAAGAAAGUGGAAGGCAGGGAAGACAGGGUGGAGGAAGAGAAUCCAGCAAAGGGAGCAAGAUGAGAGGAUCUGUGAAAUAUGACAAAGAUAAAACAUAUCCAAAAAAGUUUAUUACUAACAGGGAAGGAAAGGGGAAAGAGCAUGAAGUACAGAGGUUCAAAAUGCCAGUGCAGUCAAAACAACUCUUAGAAAAUGGGCCAUCAGGUUCCAAAACAUUUUGGAAUAAUGUAUUACCACAUUAUUUGGAAUUGAAGUAACAAACUUUAAAUUGGACCUGAUUAUGUCCAGCCAAACAACUUGAACACAUUAUGAAGAAUAGGCACUCAUUCUACUGAUUUUAUGUCAUGGUUACCUUACCUGUGGUACAGUAGAAACUGAUAAAGAUAACUUGAGGCACUGGUAAAUUUUGGUUUCUCUUAAACUAAUAUUUUGGUGUAUUUUCCCCUGAAUUAUAAAUAUAUAAGUAGAAAAUAUCAAAAGAUCAUAGUAUAUAAUUAAUAUUAUUCCUCAUUAAAGACAGUUUUAGGAAACGAGUAUAUUGUAAAAAGUAUUUUGUGUAUACAAGUAAGUCCCUUUAAAAAUGGCACAGAUCUUUAAGGGUUAUAAAAACGUCUAAUUUCUUAUAACUAUGGUAGCAUAGUUUUUUCAGUCUGUGAUUACAGUUUCCCUACCGUAUAGAAUAAUUUUAUAAGAAUGGGUGGUAUUCUAAAGCUAAAAUGAGGAAUUCACAUUUUAAAAAAAAAUAGUGCUGUCUUUUUACCUUUUAUGUGUCCUUUUUGCAGCAAUCUACAAAGUGACAGCUGGGUUCAGAACUUAGACUCUAAUGUCUCUUUUGGUUACUGUUUGGUAAAUGACAGAAUAUCUAAUGAAAUGGGGAUGAACGCAUAUUGUAAAAGUGUGAAAAACUUUAAGUAUUUAUUGCCAAGCAAAGCUACUCUUUGGGCUUCAGUUUCCUUAUCUGUAAAAUAGAAUGGAUUAGAUGAUAUGAUAACUGUAGCCCCUUGUAACUCUUAGAUUCUUUCAUUCUAACGUGUUUGUUAUUUGCAUAAGAAAAUUUUUUAAGGAAAAAAAAUUAUACUUUACAAUUAAUCUAGUUUUCCAUGAAAUGUUCUUUACUCUUAAAAAAUUAUGACACCUUUAAUGUCUUUUGUCUUCCGUAAUUCUGUGCUUCUAAACUCCUAUCAUUUCUGAGCUUUCAUUGUACUGUCAGACCUUCAUUCCCAGUACUGCCAUUCCCAGUGUCUAUUACUUACCUUCAAUGUAUUCUUCAUUCACUCUUCUGUAAUUCUUUGUUUGCUGUUUGUCAGAAUGU